AAGAACGCUCUUCUUCUCUACUACACUAAACACUUAAAAAAAUUCUUUAUCUUUUCACUGUUCUUUUUGCUUCAAUGGAUACAAAGGUGGAUUGGGAUUGUUUUUGGGUUUUCGCUCUUGCUUCCAAAUGCAAAACUUUCUCAUCCUCUCAAAACGUUUUUUGCUUUUUUGUUUUUCUUUGUAUAGCCAUGGCUGUUUGCCACUGGGCUUACUCAGGAGGCCCUGCUUGGGGAAGAUACUGGGUCAAAAGAGGAAUCAAAGCUAUGACAAUCCCCGGACCUCGAGGCUUCCCGAUUGUAGGGAGCAUCAUGCUGAUGAACAACCUGCCACACCAGAAGCUAUUUGCAGUGGCGGAAUAUUUUGGAGCAAAACGGCUGAUGGCUUUUAGCCUCGGUUACACUCGUUGUAUUGUUACGUGCAAUCCAGACGUUGCUAAAGAGAUCCUUAACAGCUCGGCUUUCGCUGACCGUCCGAUUAAAGAGUCUGCCUAUAGUUUAAUGUUUAACCGGGCAAUCGGGUUUGCUCCUUAUGGAGUUUACUGGCGAACGUUAAGAAGAAUCGCUGCGACUCAUCUCUUUUGCCCCAGACAGAUUAGUUCUACUGAGUCACAGCGGUUUGAUAUCGCCUCCGAAAUGGCGAUGAUCAUUGCAUGCAGCAGCGGAAAGUUCCGCGUGCGUGAUAUACUCAAGCGGGCGUCGCUGAACAACAUGAUGAGUUCAGUUUUUGGUCGUAAAUACCAGCUGCGUUGUGCUGAUAAUAGUGAAGCUGAUGAAAUAAGGCAAUUGGUUGAAGAAGGGUACGAGCUUUUAGGGAAGCUCAAUUGGUCUGAUCACCUUCCAUGGCUUGCAGAUUUUGACCUCCAAAAAAUCCGAUACAGAUGCUCAAAACUAGUCCCGAAAGUGAACCGGUUUGUGACCCGGAUUAUCCAAGAACACAAAAACCAAACCCACCAAAAGAAAAAUGAUUUCGUCGAUGUUUUACUCUCUCUUUGUGGAGCCGACAGGUUAUCAGACCAUGAUAUGGUUGCUGUCCUCUGGGAGAUGAUAUUUAGAGGAACUGACACGGUGGCGGUUUUGAUUGAGUGGACACUCGCGAGGAUGGUGCUACACCCUGAUAUUCAGGCAAAGGUACAAGAUGAACUUGAUAAAGUUGCGGGAAGAUCACGGCCGUUAAUUGAAUCUGAUAUUCAAUCAAUGACAUACCUGCCAGCAGUAGUGAAGGAGGUUCUAAGGCUACACCCACCCGGCCCACUUUUGUCGUGGGCCCGUUUGGCAAUCACUGACAUAACAGUAGAUCGCUAUCACGUGCCCGCGGGGACCACGGCAAUGGUUAACAUGUGGGCAAUCACGAGGGACCCACAAGUGUGGGUGGACCCACUGAAAUUUAUGCCAGAGAGGUUUCUGUGUGGUGACGUGGAGUUUUCAGUUAUGGGUUCUGACCUCAGGCUGGCGCCAUUCGGAUCGGGUCGUAGAACAUGUCCGGGAAAAGCGUUGGGUUUGGCUACGGCCACCUUCUGGGUAGGAAGUUUAUUGCAUGAAUUUAAGUGGGUCGAAUCGGAUGAUAACCCGGUGGAUCUUUCAGAGGAGCUAAGGCUUUCGUGUGAAAUGAAAAACCCACUUACCGUUAAGGCGUUGCCAAGGCGUAGAUAAUUAAGUUUAAGCCUAAUUAAUAAACAUAAAAUUAUG